AUGUUGAAGAAACGCGUAGAGAUCCCUAUUGUUGACCCUACGCCAAAAAAAGAACAAUUAAUAAAAAAAAUAGAAGAAUUAACUCUAGUAAUAAUAAAACAAAUUUGCAAUUCAGAAUUUCCUAAAAUAUCUUACCAGCGAUGUGACCCAGAAUUAAAUACUCCAGAAUCUCUUCCAGCUUCAAAUGAUGAUAAUGAAGACAAUGAAGAUCUUGAAGAUGAUGAAGAAGAAUUGUUAAAAGGUAGCAAUGAAAACCAAGACCCAGACCAAAUUUGUUGCAAUGGAUCACAAACAGAAUCAACUCUAGAUUUUUCCAAAGAACGAAAACGCAUCCAGUUGGUUAGGAUGACAAUAAUAUUAUCAAAAGUUCACAAAUUGUUAAUGAACAAAAAAGUCCAAACAAAUCGUUCUUUGUACUACGAACUUAAAUCCGAGCAAUCGACGUUGUUUGAAAAUGAAAAGAUUGUAAAUUACCAAAUUAACAGCGUCGCUAAAUUGUUAUCUUCUCCGACCUGGGAUUUGGGGCUAGUUGCUGCGGCGAAAGGAUUAGUAGCUGGAAAUUUGAAGCUGAUGUUUGAAAAUGAGGAGAAAAUUGACUGCGAUGCAGUCGGAGGCUGUUUGGUGCCCCAAAUAAUGGCCAAUCAUAUGGGACAAUUGGUGACCAUUGAAACGGAAGCUAAGGUUAUUAUUGUUGUGGAAAAAGAAGCGGUUUUUAAUAAAUUGUUAAGUGAAGGAUGUCCGAAAAAAUUGAACGCUAUUUUGGUUACUGGUAAAGGGUAUCCUGAUACUGCGACAAGGAUUUUUGUUAAGAUGCUGGUGGAAAAAUUGAAGUUGCCUGUGUUUGUUCUGGUUGAUUGCAAUCCUCAUGGAUUUGAAAUUAUGUCGACGUACAAAUACGGAUCAUUGAAUUUAUGGUGGGAACGAAAGGAACUGCAGUGUUCCAAAGUCAAAUGGAUCGGAGUGUACCCCUCAGAAAUGUCAAUUUACUUUGUAGAAAAAUUGCCACUGACUCCCAACGACACUAAAAAAUUAGACGCGUUAGAAAAACGCUCUUACUACGACGAGGAUGAAAAACGUGAGCUUAAAUUAAUGCGACAAGGUAAAAUAGAAAUAGAAGCCAUUGCAGGUAAUGAUUUUAUUUCCAUUAAUUAUCUUACGUCUGUUUACAUACCAAUUAAAAUUCAGCGCUUCACUCAGAAUGAUUAA